UAUUUUCUUUGAAAAGAAGCGGCAGCAGGAACUCUAGUCCUCACAAAUUGUGUUUGGUAUAAAAUAAAAUUUAACGGAUGAAAUGAAAUGAAACAUGGCAUUACUGUCACCUUACAGCAAAUUACCUGAACUGAAUACUGCAACUAUUCUAUUGGUUGAAAACGAGGAGAAGUUUCAGUCCAAACUCGCCGACGCCAUCGUGCAGCGGGAGAAAGACAUCAGCGUUAAUGUACGUCUGGCGUGCAAACUGCCUCUCCCGGUCAAGAACAGUGAGGCUCGGCCCCGUGUGGACCUGGUGGUGUUUAUCGUGAACCUCCUGUCCGAGCGCAGUCUCCAGGUGGUGGAGAGUUCCCUCAAUCACCUGAGUUCGGAUUUUUUCCUCGGGAAGGUGUGCUUCAUGGUCACUGAUGCACGGUGUGGCGCUUUGGCUCAGGAGCGUUUGGUGAGCGUGAAGAAACUUGCAGCGUCUCACCGCUGUCCUGUAAUCUGCGCUGAACACCAGACGGAGGACGGUAUUAGCACGGCAGCAUCGAGACUCCUCACCAUCCUGAAGGUGUCGGCUGGUUUGUCUCCCAUGGCGACCACGGCGCUUUACCUGUCCACGCUGACCCGCUGCAUCGUGCCCUCUGACCUCGAUGAGGACUGACCUCUCACCCCUUUACCUUUCCCUGCGUCUUUUUAGUUCUGGGAUUAAUAUCACCCUUGCCGUGAUGCCUGCAGAGUCGGUAGUAAGAAUUGGAAAUUUGAGGAAAAUCCAGACAAAAAUGUACGUUUGAGCCUUUACAGUGAGACUUUUGACCUGAAGUCUGCUGAGCACGUAUGGGUUUUGAUCAAUAAAUUUGCCUAAAUGAAAAAAAAAAAUCCUGUUUGAGGUGUAAGCUUACUGACUGUUGGUCUUUUGGUGAAAAGGAUUAUGGGAUUGCUAACACAGAAAAGGGUGUAUGAUAAAUUUGGGUAAAAUGAGGCACCUUGGACAGGAACCUAACCUCUUGUACAACAUAACAAUAAUAUUACAAUUACAGCCAAUACAUUUUUGUACAUUUAACCAAAAAAAUAAAAA